UCUGCCGACCUCCGUUCUUGUCUCUCCCAUUACCUCCAAAACCCCAUUCGAAAAGCCUUCCUUUUGCUCUUCGAUCCAAUCCAUGCGCUCCUCCUCCUCCUUCCACUGCAUUAAUUACCUUCUUCGCCGACUUCCCCUCUCGCGCCACUCGUCGUCGUGCUUAUCUUUGUUGUUAUCGUCCCCGUACCCCAGUUAAUUAUGACGCGCACCUCCUCGUUUGCCCCCUUCUUCACCUUUUCUUGGCUUCCGCAGCCCAAACCCCUGCCCGCUUCCUUCCAUCCUUUCCUCGUGUUGUGCGUGCAUGAAUCUCGCCGAAGGAAGGCCGCUGCCGCUGCUCUCCGUCUGUCCUUGCCCCUUUUCCACCCAGAAAGGCCUCACCUUUUUGCUCCGUUGAUCGCCGCGCAACGGUAAGAGAUGGAGCAUGGAGAGGGGAGCAACGUUAAGAGGCCUCCUGCUGUCGGAUUGACGGUGAAGAGGCAAAUGAAGAGUCCAUCUCAGGUCCAGAUCCUCGAGGAAGCUUUUGCAGUGGAGUCGAAUCCAUCCGCAUUGAUGAAGGAGGAUUUGGCUAGAAGGACCGGGCUGGAGUACACGCAAGUCCAGUACUGGUUUGGGAACCGGAGGUUCUUGGACAAGCAUGGACCACGGACGAACACACCCAGGAGAGAUCGCCAUGGUCCCCUAUGGGAAUUCAAUCCAGACAGGACCUCAAGCAUGUCACCUGUUACAGUUGCAAGAGCAGGGCCAGCACCGAAUGGCUCGGUAUACUCAGCGGAGACCUUGCCGAUGAUGAGGCCUGCAGGACAGUACACAGUGAAUCCUGGAUUGGUUCCGAUCCUGCCAUGUGUGCCACUGGCGACACAGUCACAGUUGUUGCCAGUGUCCCAAGAGUUACAAUGGAUGAUCACACAUGUUGAGAAUAAGCUUGGGCAUCCUUUAAGAGCUGAUGGGCCGAUCCUCGGUACUGAGUUUGAUGCUUUGCCUCCUGGAGCUUUUGGGUUCGCUUUAGUAAAUGCAGAACAAAAGCGAGCUUCACAUCCUUAUGAUGGCAAAGAAAUUGAGCAACCAAAGUUGGAGUCAGUGAAGGAACCAGCGUUCAUGCUUAGGUUGGAGUAUGGUGAUGUUCAUGCACUUGAAGCUGAGGCUCCAAACGCAGUGCAUGAAUUCCAGUUUUUUCCGAUUCAACCAAGCUGGCUGCAGAAGUGUGAAGAUGUCAACCAGACUGGUGUUCCCAAGUCUUCAGUUAAUACUUCACACAAUGUGUCUGAUGAUUGUCAUGCUGUUACUCCAGAUGCGGAACGGGCAAAUCUGUUUCCUUCAUCUAGUAAGGUGGUUUUUCAAGAUGAUAGUUAUUAUAAAACAGAGAAAACACAGGUACAUCCAUCAGGAUCAUAUGGUGUCAAUGAAAACCAGCAGCUUGAUCAUGCAAGAACUCCUGCUGCGGCAACAUCAGAGGAAGUAAACCAAAAGAACUGUUACCCAACCAUUCAAAACCUGAGAAAAAAAGACAAGUCAUGUGUGCUCCACCAUUGUUAUGAUUGUUACAAGUAUCUUGUGAUGUCCCAGGAGAGAUCAGAAACUACAUCAGUAGAUGCGCGACAAACAGGCUAUUUUAGCAAUGUUGAUCAUAGUCGCAGGCCUCUGGUCGCUAAGUGGAGUGAAAAAGAAGGCCAGGUUGUUUAUAUUAUGGAUUAUACUGGCACUACCCCAUCUAUGUCAAGUGGAACUAAUUCAACUUUGAGUAGUGGAUGUGAUGAGGCUUCUAAAAAUGUUGGUGGUCGUGUGGACGGCAAACCCAUGGAAGUAGUUAAUGUUGAUGUUGAGAAAGAUUGUACAGAUAGCAAAUCCAUGGAAGUAAAUUGAUGCUGAUGAUGAAGAGGAAUGCAUCAGAAUGGGCAGAAAGAAAGACAUGGGAAUGAUGAGGAGAUGGCAGACAGGGUUUACAAGGAUGAUGAAGAGGAGAACACAGACAAGGAUGCAGAGAACAAUGAGAUUGAAAGAUGCUUCACCCCAUUUGCUACAUGGAGGCAUAUACUGUAACACUAGUGUAAUAAUACAUUGGCAUGAUUACUGUUCUUUGAACUUUAUGAUGCUGUUUCUGAUAUCACUCUUCAUUGUUUCGAGAUUUUGCGUGUGAUGAAACAGAUGACUUGUUUAACAAUAGAAUUUCAUUGUUUGAUUUCUUUCAA